CCACACGCCAGCGUUGCUCGCUCACACGCCGCCGCCGGCGUCAAGCUCCGCGUUGCUCCCAAUGGAUUCGCUGCCGAUCCCAGGCGAGCUCGUGGUGGAUAUCCUUCUCCGCGUCCCCGACGCAGCCGAUCUCGUGCGCGCCUCUGCCGCCUGCGUCUCCUUCCGCCGCACCGUCGCCGACCGCUCCUUCCUCCGGCGCUACCGCAGGCUCCACGCCCCGCCCCUCCUCGGCUUCCUGUCUAACGGAGCCUUCCGCCCCGCCGAACCGCCACAUUCCUCCGCAUCGGCAGCCAACGCCGUUUCGCUCGCCGGCGACUUCUCCUUCUCCUUCCUCCCCGCCCCCGCCCGCGCCCGCGAUUGGAUCGUGCGGGACAUCCGCGACGGCCGCGUCCUCCUCGACAGACCCCGCAGCCACGACCACACCGACUGGACCCGGAGAAACCCAACCAUCUGGGAGACCGCGGUGUGCGACCCCUUGCACCGGCGGUACCUUGUGCUCCCCCCAUUCCCUCAACACCUAGCAGCUACGGCUGUUGGGAAAAGUGAGGCCUUUUUGAUUCCCUCCGACCGCGACGACGACGACGACGAGGAGGAGGAGGCUUCGUUCAGAGUGAUGUUGAUGGUGCAGGGAGAAGCCAAGCUAUUCGGCUUUGUCUUCUCAUCCAGCACGGGACAAUGGCGAGCUGGUCCAUCACAGCCAUGGGGUGAUCUGUUUUCUGACUUGCUAACGUCGACAGAUAUUAUUCCGCUCUACUUUCGCAGAUACGCCCAUGGCUGCUUCUACUGGGUGACCAUUCCAACCUUUUUUGGCAGAGAUGAAAUGAAACUGCUGGUGUUCGACACAUCAAGGAUGGAGUUCUCCAUUGCUGAACCUCCACCUGAAGCCAAAAGCUGUAGAAGCUUGGAUACUCAUAUAGCCAUGGUGGAGACAGGGGAAGGCAGGCCUGGGAUGUUUGUACUUGAAUCAAGACCACCUUACAUCAGCUUGCAUUAUACCAUGAUGAUGCAAAACAGUGCUGGGAGUUCCAUCCAGUGGCAGAAGGUGAAGACAAUCACGCUCUCACCUGGUUUUUCCUACGCGUUAGCAGGUUCAGUGGGGAGGUACUUGCUCCUGCUUAGGAGGGAAGUCUCUCCGCUCAGUCCAAACUGUUUCACGUUGGACAUCAAAACAUUCCAGCUUGAGAGAAUAUGUGGUCGUAAGUAUGGCCACGCAUAUAGUAACUUCCCACCAUCAUUGUUAUCGUCACCGACCGUGUCAAGUGGUGCUCGGGAAGGUGAGGAGAUGCUGGAACAGGGUGCGAGGACACUACUAGCUGAAGAGCUGAUAGAUGGCCCUCACGAUGAGAGAACCGAUAAUGAUGUUGGAGAUCAGGCUAGUUUAUCAAGGAUUGCAGAUGGUGAUGAUCGAGGUUGUGCUGCCAGUGGCAAGAUAUUUUUGUGGGGACUGCUAGUGGGAAGUCUUUUUUUUUUGCGGGGAAUGUCAGUGGAAACUUGACCACAGGUUGGUCAGCAAUAAGGUAGUUGUAACUUGUUGCCCUGUUUCUCUGUAAGAUGGCAAUCUAGCAUUGACAUGGAGCUUCUCUGCUGUGGCUUGAUCUGAAAGUGAUUGGUGCGUUUGUCAGAUAAGGUAGCAAGAGCAGUAACAAACAUUUAGUUUCUGUACAAUCAGAGUUAGAAUGAUUUUGUGAUCUUGCUGUAUGGAACUACUCCGGAAUACUUGUAUUAGUGUUCCUCAAUAACAAGUAUUUAGAUAUGGAGGAAGUAGUCAGGUAAAACAAAAUUAAGGGUGUAAUGAAUAUACAGACACGGUCUACCCCUAUUCCUUGAUAUGUAC